AUGUCUCUCCAGUUUUCUCCGCAGGCACCGUGGAGGAACAACAACAUCAGUUUUCUGAACAAAGAGGCUCCUGUGACAGAACAAGGAGAGACUAUUAUAGGUUUCUACCUACUGGCUUUAGGUUGGCUGUCUUGGUUUGGAAACAGCAUUGUGAUUUUUGUCCUGUAUAAACAAAGAGCUCUUCUCCAGCCCACAGACUACCUCACAUUUAACUUGGCGGUAUCAGAUGCUAGUAUCUCAGUGUUUGGUUAUUCACGAGGGAUUGUUGAAAUCUUUAAUGUCUUUAGAGAUGAUGGAUUCAUUAUCACAUCAAUAUGGACUUGCCAGGUUGAUGGAUUCCUGACGCUUCUCUUUGGCCUGGCUAGCAUUAAUACCCUUACAGUAAUCAGUGUUACUCGCUACAUAAAAGGCUGCCAUCCUGAGAGAGGUCAUUGUAUCAGCAACAGCAGUAUGACGGUGGCUCUGAUUCUCAUUUGGAUAGCAGCUUUCUUCUGGUCAGCAGCUCCAUUACUUGGCUGGGGCAGUUAUACAGAUCGCAUGUACGGAACAUGUGAGAUAGACUGGGCAAAAGCCAACUUCUCUACAAUCUACAAGUCCUACAUUGUCUCCAUUUUUAUCUGCUGUUUUUUCCUACCUGUAAUUGUUAUGGUUUUCUCAUAUGUGUCAAUUAUCAAUACUGUCAAAUUAAGCCAUGUGCUAACAGGCCUGGGUGAUCCAACAGACAGACAGAGGAGAAUGGAGCGAGAUGUGACAAGGGUUUCUGUUGUCAUUUGCACAGCCUUCAUUAUUGCAUGGUCACCAUAUGCUGUCAUCUCCAUAUGGUCUGCCUGUGGUCACUCUGUGCCCAAUCUUACCAGCAUCCUUGCCAGUUUAUUUGCUAAAUCUGCCAGCUUCUAUAAUCCCAUUAUCUACUUUGGAAUGAGCUCCAAAUUUCGGAGGGACAUUUUCAUCUUGUUCCAUUGUGCCAAGGAAGUCAAGGACCCUGUGAAGCUCAAACGUUUCAAAAACCUCAAGCCAAAACAAGAACCUACUCAGAAAGAAGAGAAGUAUGCAGAAGAAAUACAUCCUGCAUCAAGCCCUGAUUCUGGGGUUGGAAGUCCAACCAACACCCCACCUCCAGUAAACAAGGAAGUGUAUUAUGGUAUCCUUGAUACUCCAUCUAAUAACCCUGAUAUUGAAUGCGAUAGACUGUAAGUUCUGUGGCCACACAUGCAUCCACUCUGUGUUCAGAAAGACCCGUCAGAUCACUGCUGAAGUGAUUUCCUAAUUUCUAAUCCACCAGUUUCUUACUGUAGCACUGAUGACUAUGCAGCUCAAGCAAAUUAGAUGAUAAAGCAAUAUUUUCCUUCAGCAUAGGGUACAAAAUGUUAUAAAGCGCAUUACAGCAAUGGACAGCACACCCAGAGCCAGAAACAUUUCAUUUUCAUA